AUGGCGAUUCUAGAUAAUGCCGCUGGCUUCACCUGGGAGCUUGCCGCCUACACCUCCCUCGCAUGCUGGGUCGUCUAUGCAGUAUGCCUGGGCUUCUACAGGCUGUGGUACAGUCCCAUUGCCCACCUGCCAGGCCCCAAGCUUGCCGCGCUGACGCAGUAUUACGAAUUCUACUAUGACAUUGUUCUUGGGGGCCAGUAUACCUUUAGGAUUGUGGAGAUGCACAAGGAGUACGGCCCGGUUGUGAGGAUCAGUCCCUGGGAAGUCCAUGUUAGUGAUCAUGACUUUCAUUCUGAACUCUACGCAGGGCCGCACCGCCGUCGCCACAAGUGGUUGUUCUGGGCAAAGCAGUUUGGAGCUCCUCACAGUUGUCUGGCGACUCUUGACCACGACCAUCACCGACUCCGCCGUACCCCUUUGAACCAGUUUUUCUCGACCAAGAGCGUUCGCGAUCUCCAGCCCAUCCUUGAAGAACGGGUAAAUCAGCUCCUGGGUCGCCUGCGUCGUGAAGGACAGAACCGUCCGACCGAGCCGAUUGAUCUCGUGUAUCCGUUCUCUGCUUACACUAAUGACGUCAUCAACGAAUACGCCUUUGCGCGAAACGAUCACCUAAUCGAGGAGCCAGACUUUGGCGCGGCUACAACAGACAGCCUCCUCAAGGGCACACACAUGGGCUCCAUCAUCAAGCACAUGAAUUGGGCUCUGGCACUGGUUAAUGCUCUGCCGGAAUCCGUUUCAGGGCGCUGGGUGCCUGGCUGGGAUGGUUGGUUGAAGCUUAAGAACGACAUUCUUGGCCAGAUUCGCGACAUCAAGGCUACUCAAGGAACCAAGCACUGGGAACUCGAUGUCAGUCACCCGACCAUCUUCCAUGAAUUGCUUUCUUCCGAACUGCUGCCCGACGUCGAGAAAGAGACCGCACGCCUGGCCCAGGACGGACAGAUUCUCGUCCAAGGUGGCACUCUGACUACAUCCUGGACGCUGUCACUUGCCGUCUUUCACUUGUGCAACCGGCCAGAAACACUCAAGAAGCUACGCGACGAGCUCUUUGCGGCGAUUCCCAAUGUCGACCAAAUCAUCCCCCUUGCACAGCUCGAGAGCCUGCCGUACCUGCGUGCCGUCGUCAAGGAGGCCCUGCGCCACGGCGUCGGCACGAGCAGCCGCCUGUCCCGCAUCGCGCCCGACGAGUCGUUUAACGUGGCCGAUCCCGCCACCGGCAAGUCGUACCACAUACCGGCCGGCACCAUCGUCAGCAUGAGCCCGUACCGCACCAUCAUGGACGAGACCAUCUUCAGCGACCCGCUCGGUUUCCACCCCGAGCGCUGGCUCGCCAAGGACGAGCGGCUGGACGGAUACCUGAUCAUGUUUGGCGGCGGCACGCGCGUCUGCCUCGGCCAGGCGCUCGCGCAGGCCGAGCUGCACCUCAUGCUGGCCAAGCUCUUUCGGCGCUGGGGCAGCGCGGGCGUGGUGGGCGGAGACGAGACGGGCGACAGGCGCGAGGGUGACGUGGGUGUGUUUAAGAUUUUCGAAACGACGCCAAGAGAUUGUCAGAUGGCGUCAGAUUACUUCAUCCCAUUGCCUUACAAGGGUAGCAAGGGUUUGCGUUUUCUUCUGGAAGCGGUUUGA